GGCACCACCAGAGUCGUGCCGUCUGCCAUGCGUGUAGUGGAUUUAAUGCAUGAAAACAUUUGUAGGGGAGCAAUCUCUUCCAAGCGCGAUCUUUAUUACAGGGACGUAGGAUUGUUUAGGUCGCAACUAGCUGUGGAUAACAUUGUGGAAGAUGUGGCAUGCACUCUGGAAGUGCCACGGUCAUGCUUGAAUGUUGUAGCUGGUGGACGCAGCAUUGCCUUUGGCUCCAUCAGGCUAACUACCAAAAUCCGAGGGAAACGCAUGGAUCAGCAUCAGCAUGACCAACAGCAACAAGAGGCCACAAUUCAUCCGAGGACACGAUUUAUCUUGGUGAUCGAGAAGGAAGCGACCAUGGAGUAUCUAUUGUCCUUGGGCUUCUGCGAGACACAUGGGCCAUGUAUCCUCCUCACAAGCAAAGGAUAUCCAGAUCGUGCUGUGCGUCAGCUCUUAAACGAUUCAACCUCGUCAGCCAAUCAAAGUUUUGGCCAUUCUCUCGAUAUACCACUCCUUGCUCUGGUGGAUUGUGACCCAUAUGGAAUUGAGAUCUAUUUAACAUACAGGUGUGGGUCCGUCAGGUCCGCUUACGACAAUGCAAACCUUGCAGCGGAGACGGAGACAGAGAUAGAGUGUGAGCAUGAGCAUGAAUGCCAAUGGAGCGCGUUCGAGCGAUAUCUGAUCCCAUUGACUCACUGGGAUCGACUAAAGCUGGUGAAAUUAUUGACUCAACAUCCGUAUAUUCUUCGUCAUGAUGGGUGGAAGAAACAAAUUUCACGUAUGUUAAUGAUGAACCGUAAGGCAGAGUUGCAGAGUUUA